AUUUUCGUUGAUCCUAAAACCCUGAACCCUUCAAACAUCUUUACUCUCUCUCUCUCCUACUCCAGUCCUGUGUAUGCGGUAGCCUCUUUCUACCCAUCAACCACCAUUUUUUCUCCAAAAAUCAACAUUUCUACAAUGCUGAAUCUUUCACCCUCUAAAUAAAGUUACCAUCUUUCUACUUACUUUAAUCGAUUGUAAUGGUGUUAAACCGCUUUCAUUUGAGUUUAAUGGCCACUUCUACUAAUCCUGCUGCCUCCAUUUUUGGGUCUUCUAACCCCUCUUUCCUCGCUAAGACACGAUAUAGCACGUUACGGAGUUGUGCAGCUGCCUAUUUUCCAUGCAAGUCCAUGAGUGGUUGUCAUAGAUAUACUAAACGAUCACUGAUACAGUUUAGAAAGGUUAGAGGAGCCUAUAAGAUGAUGGCUCAGCAGUCAAAGUCUAUUAGGUGUGGCUUGGGGUCUAACAAUUUCGGAGAACUUGUUGAUGAGUCAAGGAAAGGAAGCAGCAUUUGCUUUCUGCCAAUAAUUGGGUUUGCAAGUCAUCCCAUGACCUCUACUCCAAGUCUUAGGAUCUCAUGUAAGAGUGUCAGACCUACUUAUAUGGUUUUUGCUAAACGGAUGCUUUCCACAAAAGCAAUGCCAGAAUUAGGUCUUAGUAGUACAAGCAAUUGUGAAUCUAUGUUCAUAAAAGAUGGAAAAGGUGGUAGGAGUUUACCAAAAUCUACGGUUGUCAAUAUUCAUCGAAAGCGAGUAAAGGCAUUUGCCACUCAAGGGAAUGAAGGUAACAAUAUUUUUCCUAGUCAGAUGGUCAGAAGGAGUAUUCCUGAUCGUCGAGUAUCUGCCAGUAAAAAUGUCAAUAAUGUAAAUUCUAUCGAAGUGCUGGCAAUAGAUGGGCAAAAAGAAGCGACCUCCGCACAGUCUCUCUCCGCUCCAAGUUCUGUUGAUAAAGAAGCACCAAAGACUGAAACAAAACAGAAGCAGAGAUCAAGAAGCAAGAAAAAGAAGGACGAGCCCUCUGAUACACUGUCUUCUCUUGAUAUUGUUCCCUCAAAAGUUUCUAGAAGAGUUAAAAAACCAAAUGGCUUGUCCCCACAGGCUGCUGAGAAUAGCUCAACUGUGGAUAUCACUAAGGAAGAAGCUGACCUAUCUGUCUCACCUCCAGCUGUGCCUAAGAAAAAAUCUUUAAAGUCUAGAAAGAAGGGGAAACCUCCGGCAGAAGGUGACUCAGAGGAGAAAAUCAACAGUGUCCUACACGAACCUGAGACGGUGGUGAAGGAGGCAUCUUCUACUAAAAAAGUUCCUCAGAAAGCAAAACCCACAACUGUUAAUGGGAUCAAGUCCAUCAAAUUAAAGCCAUUGUAUCCUCCUACAGGGAAAUCUGUUUUGGUGGUGGAGUCUGUUACUAAGGCAAAGGUUAUUCAGCAUUAUCUUGGUGACAUGUAUGAAGUUCUACCUAGUUAUGGUCAUGUUAGGGACUUGGCUGCUAGGUCAGGUUCUGUACGUCCUGAUGAUGACUUUAGUAUGGUAUGGGAAGUUCCCUCUGCUGCUUGGACUCAUCUCAAGAGUAUGAAAGUUGCAAUUAGUGGAGCAGAUAAUCUCAUUCUUGCAUCAGAUCCUGAUCGAGAAGGAGAGGCUAUUGCAUGGCAUAUCUUUGAGAUGUUGCAGCAACAGAAUGCUUUGCGUGAAGAUAUAACUAUUUCCAGGGUUGUUUUUCAAGAAAUAACAGAAUCAGCCAUAAAAAAUGCUUUGCAGACUCCAAGAGAUAUUGACGUUAACUUGGUUCAUGCUUAUCUUGCUCGUCGUGCACUUGAUUAUUUGAUUGGAUUCAACAUUUCUCCUCUGCUUUGGAGAAAGCUACCUGGCUGUCAAUCUGCUGGACGAGUACAAUCAGCUGCUCUUUCUCUUAUAUGCGACAGAGAAUUAGAAAUCGAGGAAUUCAAAUCACAGGAGUAUUGGAGUGUGGAAGCCACAUUCAAUGCCUCAAAUGUGGCAUCAUCAGCAAGCAAAUCUUCUCUUCGGUCGUGUUUGACUCAUUUUGACUCUAAAAAGUUGAAUCAGUUUUCCAUUGGCUCAGAGACAGAGGCAAAGAGUAUUGAACGUAUUGUGAAUUCAUCAAAUUUCAAGGUCAUUACUGCUAAGAGAACCAAAUUAAACAGAAACCCUCCCACUCCCUAUAUAACAUCGACCCUUCAACAAGAUGCUGCUAACAAGUUAAAUUAUUCUGCUUCCUAUACAAUGAGGCUGGCGCAAAAGUUGUAUGAGGGGAUUGAGUUUGCGGAUGGCAGAGCGGCUGGAUUGAUAACAUACAUGAGAACUGAUGGUUUACACAUAUCUGAUGAAGCUGUAAAGCAAAUAUGUUCCUUGGUUGGAGAGCGCUAUGGUUUAGAUUUUGCUGCAAGUAGUCCACGUAAAUUUUUUAAAAAGGUGAAGAAUGCUCAAGAGGCACAUGAAGCCAUUAGACCCACAGAUAUACAAAGACUACCAUCGAUGCUGGUUGGAGUUCUUGAUGAAGAUUGCUUAAAGCUGUACACUUUGAUUUGGGCUCGUACAAUGGCCUGUCAGAUGGAAGCUGCUAGAGUUGAUCUGGUACAACUUGAUAUAGGAAAUGAUGGUGCAUCCAUUUCCUUUCGAGCUGCUGGCAAUGCAGUUGAGUUUCCCGGGUACAGGUCAGUCUAUGAAGAUGUGGAAACUCAGGUCAUUAGAGACAGUGACAGUGACAGUGAAUCCACUGAUCGUGACGAGCUUUACAAGAUCCUUAGUAAUUUAAGACAAGGAGAUCGUUUGUGUCUAGGAAAUGUGGAAUCAAAUCAACACUAUACUCAGCCUCCACCACGGUACUCUGAGGCGUCAUUGGUGAAGAAGAUGGAGGAGCUUGGAAUUGGAAGACCUUCAACAUACGCAAGCAUACUUAGAGUUCUACAAGACAGGAAAUAUGUUACAGCCAAAAGUCGAGUGUUGAACCCUGAAUUCCGUGGCCGUAUGGUCUCAGCCUUUCUCUCUCACUAUUUCAACGAGGUGACAGAUUAUAGUUUUACCGCUGACAUGGAAACUGAGCUUGACAAUGUUUCUGCUGGGUCGACUGAAUGGAAAGGGCUCCUUAAGGACUACUGGGGUAGGUUCAGUACUUACUGUGAGCGUGCUGGUAAAGUUCACAUUCAUCAAGUGGAGAAGAUGCUGGAGAGAACUUAUGGAAACUUCCUUUUUUCCUCGCUUCCUGAAGAGAACCGAACAUGCCCCAGUUGUUUGGAGGGUACUUUAAUCUUCAAAGUGAGCAGAUAUGGUGCAGGGUAUUUUAUAGGUUGUGAUCAACACCCCAAGUGCAAGUUUAUUGCUAAGACAUUAUAUGGGGAAGAGGAAGAAGAUGAUGCUCCUCAGAACAACACUUCGGUGGAAGAGCCAAAGUUGCUGGGUAUUCAUCCCGUGUCUGGCGAGAAGGUCCUUUUGAAGGGUGGUCCUUAUGGGUCUUAUGUGCAGCUUGGUGAAGAUAGGAAAGGAUAUUUGCCCAAACGAGCAUCUAUUUCUCAGGGCAAGGAUGUGAAGUCAAUUACGCUGGAAGAUGCUAUUAAUUUGCUUCGCUACCCUAUCACACUGGGAAAUCAUCCUGUCGAUAGCCAGCCAAUAAUAAUAAAGAUUUCAAAAACAGGAUUCACUGUUAGGCAUCGACGUAACAUUGCUCCCGUGCCAAAGAGCUUGCAUCCAGAUGAUAUUGAUAUGACGAAAGCAUUGGAGCUGCUCUCAAGUGAUAAUGUUAGAAGAUGUGGCCGACCCAAGGGUAAAAAGCGCGAGGAAGAAGCUGUUGAUGACUAUUAGUAUGUUGCCUUGUGCAACAUAUUACUCUUUAUAAGCUUGUUGCUUCAUGAACAAGUAUUCAGAUUUCAGGCAAUUCAGAUAUUGUUGUUUAUCAGGAAGAAAUCCCGAUACUCGCAUAACAGCAGCGAUUCGGUGCAUUGAGCUGGUGAUUGUACAAUCAAAGCAACAAAAUGAAGAUCUAUAGUUAUGUGCUACCUUCAGUAAUUAGUGGUAGGUGGGUCCAAUUCUUUUCAUCAUCGCGCAUUAUUUCUUUUUCCUGCGCUUGUAUGUUCAAUUGUUCAUAGUCAUAGUCUAUAGAGAAGUAGGCCUUCUUUUCAGGGUCAUAUUUGAUCAGUGAUUUUGAUGAGUAAUUGAUAAAAAUUAUCAAGUUUAUUGCUCAAAUUCCAAUGUGUUAUAUGCUUUUAUAAUUUAUAAAGAGGAUUUCGAUUA